AUGAAGAACUUAGUAGUGCUCAAUAGAGGGUAUAUUAAGCCCGAGUCAAGAACUUAUCCUGAUCUACAUGUAAUUGAUUCGGUUUACGAUACAGUAUGUGAUGCCAUAACAUUCAUCCUAUCGUCGGAGGAGAGUCAACAAAUUGAAGUACAGAAAGUCCACAAGGAUGGUAAUGUAACUGUAUUGGCCAGUUUCCAUACCGAGUCUCGCUUGCUUAAUACUAUUCAUUUCCUUGAUUCUUUUCAGUUGGUAUUUGUAUUCAGUAAUGGAGAUAUAGUUACUGCUACAUACGAGCAAAAGUUGCCCGAGGAUUACGACAAUACAAUCAUCGAGAUUGUAGGAACAAUCGAUGUCGGGAUCCAAGCGGCACAAUGGUCAAAUGACGAAGAAACUUUGGCAAUGAUCACCAAUGAAAAUAAGUUACUCUUGCUUUCGCGGUUUUUUGAACCAAUACUGGAAAAACAACUUGACUCGGCCGAUAUCAAAAUAACCGAUUCAAAACACGUUUCUGUUGGGUGGGGUAAAAAGGAAACUCAGUUCAAGGGAAAGGGGUUCAAAGCUUUGGAAAGGGAACGGGACAUUUUGAAAAAUUUGGUCGUUUUGGAUGAGAAUGCCAGCUCCAAUAUUACACGUGAUCCAACGGUUAAUCAACUAGAAAAGGGGACAAUUUCCCGUAUGGAUGAUCAAACAGUGAAAAUAAGUUGGAGAGGCGACUCUGAAUUUUUUGCCGUUAACACUAUUGAACCGGUUAUUGUUGAAGAUACUGGUGAAACUUACAAUAGGAGGGUCAUUAGGGUGUUUACCAGAGAAGGAAAAUUAGAGAGUGUUAACGAGGCCACUGAUGGGUUGGAACAGAAUCUAAGCUGGAAACCACAGGGAGCUUUAAUUGCUUCUACACAAAGGCAUACGGAUGAUGAUGAUGAUGAUAAUAAUAAUAAUAACAACAAUAAUAAUAAUAAUGAUGAUGAUGGCCAUAACAAUGACAAUAAUGGUGAUGAAGAUGACGAAAAUGAGGAAGAAGUGCUAGAUGUAGUAUUCUAUGAAAGAAAUGGGCUUAGACAUGGACAUUUCAACACUAGACUAAAUCCUUCUGAGGAAGUAGUCAAGAAUAUUCUAUGGAGUUCUGAUAGUGAAAUUUUGCUCUUGCAGUUGAACAACAGAGUGCAGCUAUGGACUACCAAAAAUUACCACUGGUACUUGAAACAAGAGCUUUUUGCUGAUGAUGAAAUUUUGUUUGUUAAAUUUCACCCAGAAAAGGCGUCGAAUUUUAUGAUUGGUACGGUUAAAGGAAUGCAGAUUAUUGAUAUAACUCACAAAAUAGUUACUGGACCAACUAGGCAAGGAAAUGAUAUAGGGAUGACUUUGGUUGUUGAUGGCUCUACAGCAAAAAUAACCCCUUUUUCUAUUGCUAAUGUUCCGCCUCCAAUUAGUUUCAGAGAAUUGGAGGUUGAAGGGAACAUAACUGAUCUUGCAGUAAGCAAAUCUAAUGAAAAAUACGCAGUUUUAACCAGUAAUGGUGACCUUUGUUUUAGUGAAUUAUCAUUAAAAGAGAUGAAAGAAGGUAAGCAUCCUCAAGUUUUGAGUCGCAUUGAUGGAAGAACUUAUACAAAAGUGCCAGAUGAAGUUGCAAGACAAAUCGCUUUUAUUAAUGAUAACUUUAUUGCAGUAGUAGUUGACACUCCAGUGUUUUCACGGGUUGUUUUAUUUGAAGUUGAUGAUAUCCACAAUCCUAAACUAAAUGAAUCAAGAGACAUUCCAUCGAAGGUGGUGUUAAUCAAAUCAAGAGCUGAUUUUAAUACGGUUAUAAUUGAAACCGUUGACAAUAGAGUAAUAGAAUUUAGUUCGACCCAAGAUUCCCGAGAAGUUACAAAGUUCCCCCAAUUGUGUCGCGAAAUUGAAGUCAACUAUAAAAAGGAUACAGAUGAAUUUGAAGCCUUUGGUAUUUCGCGUACAGGGAAAUUGUUUUGCAAUAAUGUGCCAAUAGUUGGUGGAGUCACUUCAUUGUUGAUCACGGAAUCUCAUUUGUUGUUCACCACAGUGCAAUCAAAAUUAUGCUUUGUUCAUUUGAACUCACCACAUAAGAAUUUCGAAGUAUUCCAGAAUCUAACUAACCAAAACAUUGUUGAUGAGAGAAUUCGGCAAAUUGAAAGAAAUUCGUUUUUGGUGAAUGCAAUGCCUACGAAAUACUCUGUUGUGUUGGAAGCAGCGAGAGGUAAUCUUGAAACUAUAUGUCCCAGAAUAAUGGUUCUUUCGGCUAUUAGAAAAUUCAUCAGUAAUAAAAAUUAUAAGGACGCUUUUGCAGUUUGUCGUACACACAGAAUCGAUUUGGAUAUACUUCACGAUUAUGAUAAGGAACUAUUCUUCAACAAUGUGGAACUAUUCGUUGCUCAGAUUUCUAAAGUUGAAUAUUUGGAUCUUUUCGUUUCUUGUUUACAUGAAGAAGACGUUACCACAACAAAAUACAAGGAAACACUUUAUGAUACAGCUAUAAACGAAUCAGAAACCAAACAAAAUGGAGAAACUUUGCAACCAGCGUUUAAAAAGAAGUUUAAUAACGCUUCCAAAGAACCAGUCUUUAAGAAUUUUCAUGAUUCCAAGGUUAAUAGAAUUUGUGAGGCUAUACUAUCAACUUUGUUGAAACCUGAGUAUUUCGAUAAAUAUAUGCAAACAGUGCUAACCGCUUAUGCAUGCGAGAAUCCUCCAAAUUUGAGAGCCGCGUUGCAAUUGGUUGGUAAAUUCACCGAUCAAGAUCAAGAACGAAAGGAAACAGCUAUAACCCAUUUAUGUUUUUUACAAGACGUGAACAAACUAUAUAGUACAUCUCUUGGACUAUAUGAUGUCAAAUUGGCUUUGCUUAUAGCACAAAAAUCGCAAAUGGACCCAAAGGAAUAUUUGCCAUUUUUGCAAAACUUACACGUUCAACCAGAUUUGCAGAAGAAGUUUUUAAUUGAUGACUAUUUGAAGAAUUAUGACUUGGCGUUGCAUUGGUUGAAUGAGAAAGGUGAAGAUGCAUACCAAGAGUUUGACGAUUAUGUUGUGAAACACCAAAUGUAUAAGCCGGCGUUGAAAAUUUACACAUACAACAAGAAGAGAACUAACGAUAUUAUGAGCUUAUUUGCAGUUUUUCUACACAAUAACGCUCUGUUUGGCGAAUCUGCUAUUGCCUAUGAAUACUUGGGCGACUUGGAUGAUGCUUUGGAAAAUUAUAUUUUGGCAAAGAAGUGGAGACAGGCAUUAUCUAUCGUUGCAAAAUCCGAGUACAAGGACAAGCUUAUUGAUACGGCAAACUCUCUUGUUGCAACACUUACUGCUGAUCAUAAGUAUAGUGAUGCAGCAGAAAUUGAAUAUCAGUUUUUGAAUAAUGUUCGCGAGGCAGUCAAGUUGUAUUGUAAACAGUACUGGUUUGAUGAGGCUAUUCUUUUAGCCGAAAAGACACAACAACUGGAACUAAUUGAGCUGGUUAUUGAUGAUCAAAUAAACGAGGGAUUUGGAGUUAUUGCGGAACUAUUAGCCGAUUGUAAGGGACAAAUGAACUCACAAUUACGAAGACUUCGGGAAUUAAGAAGCAAAAAGGAAGAAGAUCCGCUUGCAUUUUAUGGGAACCCCGAUGACUUGGACACGCCUGACAAUGUGUCGAUAGUUGCUUCAGAGACUUCAACAGCUGCAUCUUUCUUCACUAGAUACACGGGUAAAACUGGGGGCACUGCGAAAACAGGAGCCUCUAGACGAACGUCAAAGAAUAGAAAGAGAGAAGAAAGAAAGAAAGCCAAGGGUAGAAAAGGUACCAUUUAUGAAGAAGAGUACUUGAUUAGAUCAGUUGGUAGAUUGUUGGAGAGGCUUGAUACCACCGAACCAGAUGCCGUUAGAUUGAUAGAAGCGCUUAUUAGACGACAACUGAGGGAGCAGGCUUUCCAAAUCCAAAAGAAUUGGUGUGAAUUGAUCACCUUUAUCAAGGAGAAUAUCGACGAGAUACACAAUAUGAGUGAAAAGGACCGUGAAAGAAUUGACGAUAAUGGAGAGAUUUACCUCAUUGAAGAGAUUCCAAAGCCGGUUAUUCGCGAGUUUUCUAAAUUUAGCAUCUUGGAUUAUUGA